CUCUCAAUACAUUCACCAGUAGUAGACCCGCUUUCGUUAUCUGUAGAACAAAAUAACCCACCGUAACGUUUUGGAUCAUAAAGGGACAACAGUGGGCGCCUUGUUUCCAAAAGUAUGGAUGUAACAACUGAUCACAUUCGUGACAAACUAAUCAAGGAGAUCGGAGCGAUACAUGUGGAAGUUGAAGACACAUCCUCUAACCGAUGCGCUGCCAGCUUCAAGGUUCUAGUAGUGUCGCCCCAGUUCGAGGGGAAACCACUGCUGGCGAGACACAGGAUGGUGAACACCUGCUUGGCUGAUGAGCUGAAAGAGAUCCACGCAUUUGAACAGAAGACGCUGACUCCGGAACAGUGGGAGAAACAGAAAGCACAGUGAUGAACACACACUUUGACUUCCAAAUUCUGUUACUUCACCCCACUAUUAUUUGUAAAUAAGAAACAUAUGCUCACAACAGUUUGACCUACACACCUGACAUAUUUCAUUGAAGUCAAUGAUACAAAUUGAAAUGAAAUAGUAAACAUGAUGACAAUAAAACAAUCCUGGUCAGA